UCGCCGAUAAAUGGAUAAAGUCGAGUUGUAACAAAGGGAGGCAUGUCCGUUUCAAUCUUAACACCUAUAAACAAUUUGGAAAACGCUCAUGAUUAUUCGUUCUGUUUAUCGGUUCCUCCCCAACGUAUCGUGUUAUGCCGAGAUUGGCAAUUCACUCGACUGUUUGGAUAUUGACGCUGCUCUUUUGCCUCGCCGUGACUGAAAAUAAAACGUAUCCAGAAGAAAAUGUUUACUUUUUAGAUUUUCGAGAGGACAAACUGGCGCAUAAUUCCUCCGUAAGUUUUUGGAAGAGAAGACCAUUUUGCGGAAAUAAAUCUCUCGAAAUUAUCAGAUCAAAAUUUCCGAACGAGACCUUGCGAUUUCGAGCAGCAGGAGGUAUAAAUCUUGAAGGAUACAAAAACGCCAGUUUAAAUACAAGAACUUUGAUGGAUUUUAACGGUCCAGUUAUAAUAGAGGAUCUCGAUGACAUGAACGAUCAGAAUCUCGUGAACCACAUUCGCAUCAAGAGAAACGAGCCGAUUGUUCAUCGUCGAUCGAGUUCCGUGAAUUUGCUUCCACGAAAUUCCCAGCGCAGGACCGAUGAGACAAGCAUAUUUAGCGACUCGACAUUAAAAGGAUCACGUUCGAAGUACGAGAACCAAUCUGAUACCAUCAUGGAUACGACAUACAUAGUCCCGCAAUCACGAUACAAACGAGGAGUCCUGUCAGAAAACGGCCAUCGUAGAAAACGCGUAAAGGGAAAUAUUGGGCAUUCUAAACAUAACGUCGAAACGAAAAACAAAAAUAAGAAACACAAUGCUUUGAAGUCUCCCAAUCAGCUUGUCACGAAAAAAACGAAAAAUCCAAAUUCGAAAAAAAGAAAUAAAAAUACUCAAGAAAUCGGAAUACCUACCAAAACAAUCGACGAGUCGCGGAAAAUAGAGAAAAGGGAAUCCGAAAGUAGCGAUUUCAACAAUAUUGACAGUGCUAACGAGCAAACGGAAGCCUUAAUUAAUCCGAAAGAAGAUGCGUCAUUAAUAAAUAAUAGAAGUUUGGUAGAACAGCGACAAGAAAACGCCGUAAUGUUACCUUUUGUGCACACUGGAAAAGCGGAAUUGCAUGUUCGUAUCGAAAAAAUUCCUACGAACAAGUCGUUAUUUAUCAGUCUUAAUAAUUGGACGGAUCAUUCUAUCGGGACUAGUCCUUGCUCGAUUAUGUUACCGAAAUACAAUACGAGCGAUGAAAUUCUCCAUAUUAACCCAAAUGUUGCCUCGAAUUUUGACUCCGCCGAAAAAACGAAAGCUAAUAACGUAAUAGUGGAGAUUACUUUGAAGAAGCAAGAUCUCGGAAACGUGUCUGGUCAGGAAACAAGCGAUUCUGAAAAUACAUCGUUCUAUAAUACGGAAGCCGAAAUGGAAGCUCAUCCGGUUAAAUCCAACAUGCCGAGAAUCGAAAACAACCGAAAUAUAGAAAGAGAAAAGUACGAUCACAUGAACGAGAUGUCUGUGGAAUUAUCGGACGAGGACGCAAAGUUGCGAGCGAAGAGAAACCAGCAAGUUAUGUCCAAGUAUUUACGAAACGAUAAGAACUUGAAGGAAUCGACACGUUUCAAAGGCACUGAAGAAGAAAUCGGAGACAUGAAAAGUGAAAAGACAAGGUACAGAAGGAUUCGAGGUAAUCGUGCUGUGAGAUCGAUCGAAGAAAUUAAGGAUCUUGCCGAAAAGUUAAUCGCCAAGAUAAACGAACUGCAAGUAUAUGUGAGUAAUCGUAGUGAAACUCUAUAUAACUCUAUAAAAGAAAGGGAUUCCCAUAAAAAUGCAGAACGCGCAAUCAAGGAAGAACCGAAAAUCACCGCAAAGAAGAAAGACAUCUCAAGUUCUGCGUCCAAGAUUGCCGAGAACACUGACAAUCGCCAGCGCUUUGCAAAGGAAGCGAUUUUAGCAGGUAAAAGACCAUCCCAAAUGCGUUCUAACGGUUCGAGAUUCGCGCGAGGAGAGUAUCGAACGAGGAGGAGAUCGCGUCGCAAGUGGGGCAGGUGGAUGGACUGGAGCAGCUGUAGCGUCACCUGCGGCAAGGGUCGACAGAUCAGGUGGCGGCAUUGCCUACAAAUUGCCGGCCUGUCCCCCGAGUAA